GUAGAUUCGUUGGCAUGCGCAAACAUGGUGGCAGGAUUUAGUCGGCAGUUAAGAUUGUGCGCUGGUUGCCGGCCAUUACCGGCGAAUAUGUGAUCAAUUUAACGCGUUUAAUCGGACGAUACGUACGAAUGUAUAAGAAAAGUAUUUAAUUGACGAUGAAUUUAACUACGGGAAAUCCACAUGGUAACGGUCUGCUUUACGCUGGCUUCAAUCAGGAUCAAGGAUGCUUCGUUUGUGGUACAGAAAAUGGCUAUAGAGUAUAUAAUUGCGAUCCUCUAAAAGGAAAGGAAAAAGAACGGCAUGAUUUUAAUGAUGGUGGUCUUGGUUAUGUUGAAAUGUUAUUUAGAUGUAAUUAUUUAGCCCUCGUUGGUGGUGGGCCAAAGCCGAUGUACCCUGUUAACAAAGUUAUUAUAUGGGACGAUUUAAAGAAWGCACCAGCUAUCACAUUGRAAUUUAAUGCACCUGUAAAAGGUGUUAAAUUAAGAAGAGAUAGGAUAGUAGUGAUAUUAGAAGGUGUUAUAAAGGUUUAUACUUUUACACAAAACCCGCAGCAAUURCAUGUCUUCGAAACCAAUCCCAAUCCGAGAGGAUUGUGUGUUUUGUGUCCGAACAGUAACAAUUCUUUGCUUGCAUUCCCAGGACGUAAAAAUGGUCAUGUUCAAGUUAUAGACCUAGCAAAUACAGAAAAACAGCCUUUAAACAUAGAAGCACACGAAACACCAUUAUCAUGCAUAGCUUUAAAUCUACAAGGUACUCGACUUGCUACAGCUUCUGAAAAGGGUACUCUGAUAAGGGUAUUUGAUACACAAAGCGGUAAUAUGAUCAAURAAUUACGAAGAGGAGCAAAUCAUGCAAAUAUAUAUUGCAUAAAUUUCAAUCACGAUUCAACGUGGUUAUGCGUUGCGAGCGAUCAUGGUACAGUACAUGUAUUCGCAGUAGAGGAUCAGAAAUUGAAUCGUCAAUCUAGUUUAGCAUCAGCUACUUUUUUACCAAAGUAUUUUAGUUCGAGCUGGAGUUUUUGCAAAUUUCAAGUUCCGGGAGGUCCUCAAUGCAUGUGCGCAUUUGGAACUGGCAGUAAUAGUAUUAUAGUGAUAUGUGCCGAUGGGAGUUACUACAAAUUUGUAUUUAAUAACAAAGGAGAGUGUACGCGAGACUUUUAUGCGCAGUUCCUCGAAUUAACCGAUGACAAAAUGUGACUGAUAAGUGUAAGACGUAUGAAUCUUUCAUUACAAAAAGCCAAUGCAACUUAUUUGUCAUCGUACGUCUUGUCGUUGCUUUCGUUUUACGUUUCAAUUGCGAAGGAUAGAGAUUUGCAAUACAUUUACGCGUCGUCGUGACUGUCGUAUUUGCUCCCAUAUAAAAAAAAAGAGAGAAAGAAAAAAUAAUCAUAUUAUUGGGCGAGAGAGGGAAGCAAAAAUAAAUCUUAAAUCUUUGAAAAUUAGAUCAUUCGAUGGGAAAAGGACCAAAAUGAAGAAUUAUAUGAAUUGUUGGUGAUACGUGCACUGUGCAUGAAUUUUUUCAUAAUAAUAAUAAGGAGAAAUAGAAGAAGAUGAAGAAGAAGACGAAGAAGAUGAUCUAAGGAAUAUUAUAUUCGCGAUAUCGUUUUAUCGUUACCAGGGGCCUAGUAAGGAGAAAGAUAGAUAAAGAGAGGAGAAGUGCGCUUUCUUACUAAAUUUACGAAUUAUUAAUUGUCACAGAGAAAAGAAAAGAGAAAUUAGCUCUAAAGGAUCAAUGGAUCGAAGUGAUAUCUCGCUUUUCAUAAGAAAAUUUGGGAACUUCUUUUAAAAAAAAAAAAGAAUUUUAAUGAUAAGAAUGCAUCAUCGUCACUCUAUAGCAUUUUUUUAAUUCAUGCGCUUUUACUAAACACUAGAAUGAAUCAUUGUGCAUAUCCUUUCACCGUGUUCUUCUUUUUAGUUAUAUCUUUUACUUUUCUUUUCUUUUCGUAGAUAUUUUAUUAAAUAUCGUACUUUCUAUUCUUUGUUUUUUUUUUUUUUUUUCUUUUAAAUCGAAUCAUGCACUAUUAUUAUAAAAAAAAUUUAUCAUAUAUUUCGAUGACCGAUUAAAUCGAUGAAAAAGAAGAUAAAAAUAAUCAAAUGGCUAUUUCGCGUAUAGUAAACUAAUUCAUUCGAACGACGACGAAUUAAAAAGACAACAAAAAAAAGAAAAUAUAUCAAUCGUUUAACUUUUAAAUAAGGUUUUAUAAUCUUUAUUUUUAUUAUAUAUCAUUUCCACGUACACAUUUAAUAUACAUAUACACAAGAAUUAUCAACUAUAUUCGAUUGUUAACAUUUGAAAUUCCUGUUUCAUACAAAAAAGAAUGAAAAAAAAAAGAAAUAAUAACAAAUAAAAUAUAGAUCAAAGAUUGUACUUUCACCGAAGAUUAUUAGAUUUUCAAUUGCGAAAUAAAAUUCAUUAUGCCUCGUAAA